CUCUCCCGCGCCGUCCUGCUGGCCACCAUGGGGCUGCCACUGGCCCGCCUGGUGGCCCUCUGCCUGGCCCUGACCUGGGCCGGGGGCGCGGAGCUCCAGAGAGAAGGCAGAACCCGGAACCACGGCCACAACGUCUGCAGCACCUGGGGCGACUUCCACUACAAGACCUUCGACGGCGACGUCUUCCGCUUCCCGGGCCUGUGCGACUACAACUUCGCCUCCGACUGCCGGGACGCCUACAAGGAGUUCGCUGUGCACCUGAGACGGGGCCCCGGCGGCAGUGGGGGCCCCUCCCAGGUCGAGUACAUCCUGCUGACGGUCAAGGACGACACCAUCUACCUCACUCAGCAGCUGGUCGUGGUGAACGGGGCCAUGGUCAGCACCCCGCACUAUAGCCCGGGGCUGCUCAUUGAGAGGAGUGCCAUCUACACCAAGGUCUAUUCCCGAGCUGGCCUUGCUCUCGUGUGGAACAGAGAGGACUCGGUCAUGCUGGAGCUGGACAGUAAGUUCCAGAACCACACGUGUGGCCUCUGCGGAGACUACAACGGCCUGCAGACCUACUCAGAGUUCCUCUCGGAGGGCAUCCCCUUCAGCCCCUUGGAGUUCGGGAACAUGCAGAAGAUCAACAAGCCCGAGGAGAAGUGUGACGACCCCGAGGAGGCACAGGCCAAGCUGUCCUGCUCUGAGCACCGUGCCGAGUGCGAGAGGCUGCUGACGGACGUGGCCUUCGAGGACUGCCAGGGGCUGGUGCCACUGGAGCUGUACGUGCAGGCCUGCGUGCAGGACCGCUGUCAGUGCCCGCAGGGCACCUCCUGCGUCUGCAGCACGAUCGCCGAGUUCUCCCGCCAGUGCUCCCACGCCGGUGGGCGGCCUGGGAACUGGAGGACCGCCAAGCUCUGCCCUAAGAGCUGCCCUGGGAACAUGGUUUACCUGGAGAGCAGCUCGCCCUGCGUGGACACCUGCUCGCACCUGGAGGUCAGCAGCCUGUGCGAGGAACACCGCAUGGAUGGCUGUUUCUGCCCAGAAGGCACUGUGUAUGAUGACAUCGCGGGCAGAGGCUGCAUCCCCGUGAGCCAGUGUCACUGCAAGCUGCACGGGCACCAGUAUGCGCCCGGCCAGCAGGUCACCAACAACUGCGAGCAAUGUGUCUGCAACGCUGGCCGCUGGGUGUGCCAGGACCUGCAGUGCCCUGGGGCCUGUGCCCUGGAGGGCGGCUCCCACAUCACCACCUUCGAUGGGAGGAAGUACACGUUCCACGGGGACUGCUACUACGUGCUGACCAAGGGCACCCACAACGACUCCUACGCCAUCCUGGGUGAGCUGACCCCCUGCGGCUCCACAGACAAGCAGACCUGCCUGAAGACAGUGGUGCUGCUGGCCGACAACAAGAAGAACGUGGUGCUCUUCAAGUCGGACGGCAGCGUCCUGCUGAACGAGCUGCAGGUCAACCUGCCCCACGUGACAGCGAGCUUCUCCAUCUUCCAACCAUCCUCCCACCACCUCCUCGUGGACACGGCCUUCGGCCUCAGGCUGCAGGUGCAGCUGGCGCCCAUGAUGCAGCUCUUCCUGACGCUGGACCAGGCCGCCCAGGGGCGCGUGCAGGGCCUCUGCGGGAACUUCAACGGCCUGGAAGGCGAUGAUUUCAAGACGGCCGGUGGGCUGGUGGAGGCCACGGGCGCCGGCUUCGCCAACACCUGGAAGGCCCAGUCGAGCUGCCACGACAAGGUGGACUGGCUGGACGACCCCUGCUCCCUCAACAUCGAGAGUGCCAACUACGCGGAGCACUGGUGCUCCCUGUUGAAGAAGACGGGGACCCCGUUUGGCAGGUGCCACUCCGCCGUGGACCCAGCCGAGUAUUACAAGAGGUGCAAAUACGACACGUGCAACUGCCAGAACACUGAAGACUGCCUGUGUGCCGCCCUGUCCUCCUACGCCCGCGCCUGUGCCGCCAAGGGCAUCAUGCUGUGGGGCUCGGAGCACGUCUGCAACAAGGACGUGGGCUCCUGCCCCCAGUCACAGAUCUUUCGGUACAACCUGACCACCUGCCAGCAGACCUGCCGCUCGCUGUCCGAGGCUGACGCCCACUGCCUGGAGGGCUUUGCGCCCGUGGACGGCUGCGGCUGCCCCGACCAAACCUUCCUGGACGAGAAGGGCCGCUGCGUGCCCCUGGCCAAGUGCUCCUGCUACCACCGCGGCCUCUACCUGGAGGCGGGGGAGGUGGUCCUGAGGCAGGAGGAGCGAUGCGUCUGCCGGUCCGGGAGGCUACACUGUGUACCGGUCAAGCUGCUGGGCCAGAGCUGUGAGGCCCCAAAGAUCCACGUCGACUGCAACAACCUGACGGCGCUGGCCAUCCGGAACCCCAGGCCCGUCAGCUGCCAGACGCUGGCUGCCGGCUAUUACCAGACAGAGUGCGUCAGCGGCUGCGUGUGCCCUGAGGGCCUGAUUGACGAUGGCCGGGGCGGCUGCGUGGUGGAGGAGGCGUGCCCGUGUGUGCACAACGAGGACCUGUACUCCCCCGGGGACAGGAUCAGGGUGGACUGCAACACCUGCACCUGCCGGAAAGGGCGCUGGGCGUGCACCCAGUCCGUGUGCCACGGCACCUGUGCCAUCUACGGGAGCGGCCACUACAUCACCUUUGACGGGAAGUACUAUGACUUUGAUGGACACUGCUCCUACGUGGCCGUUCAGGACUACUGUGGCCAGAAGUCCCAGGGCUCCUUCAGCAUCAUCACGGAGAACGUCCCUUGUGGCACCACGGGUGUCACCUGCUCCAAGGCCAUCAAGAUCUUCCUGGGGAGGACUGAGCUGAAGCUGGAGGACAAACACCGAACGGUGAUCCAGCGCGAUGUGGGCCACCAUGUGGCCUACACCACGCGGGAGGUGGGCCAGUACCUGGUGGUGGAGGCCAGCGUUGGCGUCAUCGUCAUCUGGGACAAGAAGACCACCGUCUUCAUCAAGCUGGCCCCCUCCUACAAGGGCACGGUGUGCGGCCUGUGCGGGAACUUCGACCAGCGAUCCAACAACGACUUCACCACCCGAGACCACAUGGUGGUGGACAGCGAGCUGGACUUUGGUAACAGCUGGAAGGAGGCCUCCGCCUGUCCGGACGUGAGCACCAUUCCAGUGCCCUGCUCCCUGAACCCGCACCGCCGCUCCUGGGCGGAGAAGCAGUGCAGCCUCAUCAAGAGCAAAGUCUUCCGCGCCUGCCACAGCAAGGUGGACCCCAAGCCCUUCUAUGAGGCCUGCGUCCACGACUCGUGCUCCUGUGACACUGGAGGGGACUGUGAGUGCUUCUGCUCUGCCGUGGCUUCCUACGCCCAGGAGUGCACCAAGGAGGGAGCCUGCGUGUUCUGGAGGACGCCAGACCUGUGCCCCAUAUUCUGCGACUACUAUAACCCCCCGGACGAGUGUGAGUGGCACUACGAGCCCUGCGGGAACCGAAGCUUCGAGACCUGUAGGACCAUCAACGGCAUCCACUCCAACAUCUCCGUGUCCUACUUGGAGGGCUGCUACCCCCGGUGCCCCAAGAACAGGCCCAUCUUCGACGAGGACCGUAAGAAGUGUGUCCCGGCGGACAAGUGCGGUUGCUACCUUGAGGACAUUCACUACCCACCCGGAGCGUCUGUGCCCCCGGAGCACGACUGCCAGGCUUGCCUGUGUACGGCCUCCUCACAAGUUGUCUGCUGGCCUGAGGAAGGGAAGAUUGUCAACUACACCCAGGACGGCUCUUUCUGCUACUGGGAGAUCUGCGGCCCCAAUGGGACACUGGUGCCGCACUUCAAUGUCUGUGUUUCAACCCCCUCGACCCCCACCACCAGCCCCACCACCGCCACCAGCCCCUCCACCGCCACCAGCCCCUCCACCACCACCAGCACCACUUGGACUCCCAGCACAGUGCCGCCGCCCUCUGCGACCUCGCCACGUCUCUGCUGCGUCUGGUCCGACUGGAUCAACGACCACCACCCCAGCGGCGACAGUGAUGGUGGGGACCACGAGACAUUCGACCACGUCUGCAGGGCCCCCCAGGACAUCCAGUGCAGGGCUGCCACGGAGCCCCACCUCGGCUGGACGGAGCUGGACCAGGAGGCCCAGUGUAACAUCUCCUUUGGGUUCAUUUGCAAGAAUGAAGACCAGUUUGGAAAGGGACCAUUUGGACUCUGCUACGACUACGAGAUACGGGUCUACUGCUGCCUGCCAAUGGAGGAGUGCCCCACGACCACGCCGCCGCCCACGCCCAGCUCCAGCACGCCCACCGUGCCAACCACCACCCCCAUUCCGCCCACCACCACCCCUACCCCGCCAACUACCACCCCCACUCCCAGCCCGCCAAGCACCACUUCCACCACUCCGCCAACCACCACCCCCGUUCCGCCAACCACCACCCCUACACCACCAACUACCACCCCCAUCUCCACUCCACCAACCACCACUUCCACCACUCCGCCAACCACUACUCCCAUUUCACCCACCACCACCCCUACCCCGCCAACUACCACCCCCACUCCCACCCCGCUAAGCACCACUUCCACCACUCCACCAACCACUACUCCCAUUCCGUCAACCACCUCCACUACUCCGCCAACUACCACCCCCAUCUCCACUCCACCAAGCACCACUUCCACCACUCCGCCAACCACCACCCCCAUUCCGACAACCACCACCACCACCCCACCAACUACCACCCCCAUCUCCACUCCACCAAGCACCACUUCCACCACUCCGCCAACCACCACCCCCAUUCCGACAACCACCACCACCACCCCACCAACUACCACCCCCACUCCCAGCCCGCCAAGCACCACUUCCACCACUCCGCCAACCACCACUCCCUUUCCGCCAACCACCUCCACUACUCCGCCUCCGACAACCACCACCACCACCCCACCAACUACCACCCCCACUCCCAGCCCGCCAAGCACCACUUCCACCACUCCGCCAACAACCACUCCCUUUCCGCCAACCACCUCCACUACUCCGCCAACUACCACCCCCAUCUCCACUCCACCAAGCACCACUUCCACCACUCCGCCAACCACCACCCCCAUUCCGACAACCACCACCACCACCCCACCAACUACCACCCCCAUCUCCACUCCACAAAGCACCACUUCCACCACGCCGCCAACCACCACCCCCAUUCCGACAACCACCACCACCACCCCACCAACUACCACCCCCACUCCCAGCCCGCCAAGCACCACUUCCACCACUCCGCCAACCACCACUCCCUUUCCGCCAACCACCUCCACUACUCCGCCAACUACCACCCCCAUCUCCACUCCACAAAGCACCACUUCCACCACUCCGCCAACCACUACUCCCAUUUCACCCACCACCACCCCUACCCCGCCAACUACCACCCCCACUCCCACCCCGCUAAGCACCACUUCCACCACUCCGCCAACCACUACUCCCAUUCCGCCAACCACCUCCACUACCCCACCAACUACCACCCCCACUCCCACCCCGCUAAGCACCACAUCCACCACGCCGCCACCGACCUCCACCUUGACAUCCACGCCUCCCCCAGUAUCGACCACCACAGUGACUCCGUGUCUGCCUCAGUGCAAGUGGACUGGCUGGCUGGAUUCUGGUAAACCGAGCUUUGACAAGACGGGCGGAGACUUUGAAUCCCUUGAGGACAUCUGUGAGUUGGGCUGGGCAGCCGACAUCUCCUGCAGAGCCGCCAUGUAUCCCAGCGUUCCCAUCCAAGAGCUGGGACAGACCGUCCUGUGCAACACCUCGGUUGGGCUCGUGUGCAGAAACCAAGACCAGAAGCCAGGGGGAGCCAUUCCCAUGCCUUACUGCCUCAACUAUGAGAUCAACGUCUACUGCUGUGAACUUCUAGAUGGGUGUGUCUCCACAACACUGACCACCACCACCUCAUCAACCACCACCCCCAUCACCACUCUACCAACCACCACUUCUACCACUCCGCCAACCACCACCCCCAUUCCGCCAACCACCACCCUUACACCACCAACUACCACCCCCAUCUCCACUCCACCAACCACCACUUCCACCACUCCGCCAACCACUACUCCCUUUCCGCCAACCACCUCCACUACCCCGCCAACUACCACCCCCACUCCCAGCCCGCCAAGCACCACUUCCACCACACCGCCAACCACCACUCCGUUUCCGCCAACCACCUCCACUACUCCGCCAACUACCACCCCCAUCUCCACUCCACAAAGCACCACUUCCACCACUCCGCCAACCACCACCCCCGUUCCGACAACCACCACCCUUACACCACCAACUACCACCCCCAUCUCCACUCCACCAACCACCACUUCCACCACUCCGCCAACCACUACUCCCUUUCCGCCAACCACCUCCACUACUCCGCCAACUACCACCCCCAUCUCCAUUCCACAAAGCACCACUUCCACCACUCCACCAACCACCACCCCCAUUCCGACAACCACCACCACCACCCCCACUCCCACACCGCCAAGCACCACUUCCACCACUCCGCCAACCACUACUCCCUUUCCACCAACCACCUCCACUACCCCACCAACUACCACCCCCACUCCCACCCCGCCAAGCACCACUUCCACCACUCCGCCAACCACCACCCCCGUUCCGACAACCAUCACCCUUACACCACCAACUACCACCCCCAUCUCCACUCCACCAACCACCACUUCCACCACUCCGCCAACCACCACCCCCGUUCCGACAACCACCUCCACUACUCCGCCAACUACCACCCCCAUCUCCAUUCCACAAAGCACCACUUCCACCACUCCGCCAACCACCACCCCCAUUCCGACAACCACCACCACCACCCCCACUCCCAGUCCGCCAAGCACCACUUCCACCACUCCGCCAACCACCACUCCCUUUCCGCCAACCACCUCCACUACUCCGCCAACUACCACCCCCAUCUCCACUCCACAAAGCACCACUUCCACCACUCCGCCAACCACCACCCCCAUUCCGACAACCACCACCACCACCUCACCAGCUACCACCCCCACUCCCAGCCCGCCAAGCACCACUUCCACCACUCCGCCAACCACUACUCCCUUUCCGCCAACCACCUUCACUACCCCACCAACUACCACCCCCACUCCCAGCCCGCCAAGCACCACUUCCACCACUCCGCCAACCACCACCCCCGUUCCGACAACCAUCACCCUUACACCACCAACUACCACCCCCAUCUCCACUCCACCAACCACCACUUCCACCACUCCGCCAACCACCACUCCCUUUCCGCCAACCACCUCCACUACUCCGCCAACUACCACCCCCAUCUCCAUUCCACAAAGCACCACUUCCACCACUCCGCCAACCACCACCCCCAUUCCGACAACCACCACCACCACCCCCACUCCCAGCCCGCCAAGCACCACUUCCACCACUCCGCCAACCACCACUCCCUUUCCGCCAACCACCUCCACUACUCCGCCAACUACCACCCCAUCUCCACCACAAAGCACCACUUCCACCACUCCGCCAACCACCACCCCCAUUCCGACAACCACCACCACCCCCUCACCAACUACCACCCCCUCUCCCAGCCCGCCAAGCACCACUUCCACCACUCCGCCAACCACCACUCCCUUUCCGCCAACCACCUCCACUACUCCGCCAACUACCACCCCCAUCUCCACUCCACAAAGCACCACUUCCACCACUCCGCCAACCACUACUCCCUUUCCGACCACCACCACCCCUACCCCGCCAACUACCACCCCCACUCCCACCCCGCUAAGCACCACUUCCACCACUCCGCCAACCACUACUCCCUUUCCGCCAACCACCUCCACUACCCCACCAACUACCACCCCCAUCUCCACUCCACAAAGCACCACUUCCACCACUCCGCCAACCACCACCCCCGUUCCGACAACCACCACCCUUACACCACCAACUACCACCCCCAUCUCCACUCCACCAACCACCACUUCCACCACUCCGCCAACCACCACCCCCAUUCCGACAACCACCACCACCACCCCACCAACUACCACCCCCACUCCCAGCCCGCCAAGCACCACUUCCACCACUCCGCCAACCACUACUCCCUUUCCGCCAACCACCUCCACUACCCCGCCAACUACCACCCCCUCUCCCAGCCCGCCAAGCACCACUUCCACCACUCCACCAACCACCACUCCCUUUCCGCCAACCACCUCCACUACCCCAACUACCACCCCCACUACCACCCCGCUAAGCACCACUUCCACCACUCCGCCAACCACUACUCCCAUUCCGCCAACCACAACCCCUACCCCACCAACUAACCCCACUCCCACCCCACCAACCACCACUUCCACUCCGCCAACCACCACAUCCACCACGCCGCCACCGACCUCCACCUUGACAUCCACGCCUCCCCCAGUAUCGACCACCACAGUGACUCCGUGUCUGCCUCAGUGCAAGUGGACUGGCUGGCUGGAUUCUGGUAAACCGAGCUUUGACAAGACGGGCGGAGACUUUGAAUCCCUUGAGGACAUCUGUGAGUUGGGCUGGGCAGCCGACAUCUCCUGCAGAGCCGCCAUGUAUCCCAGCGUUCCCAUCCAAGAGCUGGGACAGACCGUCCUGUGCAACACCUCGGUUGGGCUCAUGUGCAGAAACCAAGACCAGAAGCCAGGGGGAGCCAUUCCCAUGCCUUACUGCAUCAACUAUGAGAUCAACGUUUACUGCUGUGAACUUCUAGAUGGGUGUGUCUCCACAACACUGACCACCACCACCUCAUCAACCACCACCCCCAUCACCACUCUACCAACCACCACUUCUACCACUCCGCCAACCACCACCCCCAUUCCGCCAACCACCACCCUUACACCACCAACUACCACCCCCAUCUCCACUCCACCAACCACCACUUCCACCACUCCGCCAACCACUACUCCCUUUCCGCCAACCACCUCCACUACCCCGCCAACUACCACCCCCACUCCCAGCCCGCCAAGCACCACUUCCACCACACCGCCAACCACCACUCCGUUUCCGCCAACCACCUCCACUACUCCGCCAACUACCACCCCCAUCUCCACUCCACAAAGCACCACUUCCACCACUCCGCCAACCACCACCCCCGUUCCGACAACCACCACCCUUACACCACCAACUACCACCCCCAUCUCCACUCCACCAACCACCACUUCCACCACUCCGCCAACCACUACUCCCUUUCCGCCAACCACCUCCACUACCCCGCCAACUACCACCCCACUCAGCCCGCCAAGCACCACUUCCACCACUCCGCCAACCACUACUCCCAUUCCGCCAACCACAACCCCUACCCCACCAACUACCACCCCCAUCUCCACUCCACAAAGCACCACUUCCACCACUCCGCCAACCACCACCCCCAUUCCGACAACCACCACCCUUACACCACCAACUACCACCCCCAUCUCCACUCCACCAAGCACCACUUCCACCACUCCGCCAACCACCACUCCCUUUCCACCAACCACCUCCACUACUCCGCCAACUACCACCCCCAUCUCCAUUCCACAAAGCACCACUUCCACCACUCCGCCAACCACCACCCCCAUUCCGACAACCACCACCACCACCCCACCGACUACCACCCCCAUCUCCACUCCACCAAGCACCACUUCCACCACUCCGCCAACCACCACCCCCAUUCCGACAACCACCACCACCACACCAACUACCACCCCCAUCUCCAUUCCACUAUCCACCACUUCCACCACUCCACUAACCACUACUCCCAUUCCGCCCACCACCACCCAUACCCCACCAACUACCACCCCCAUCUCCACUCCACCAACCACCACUUCCACCACUCCACCAACCACUACUCCCAUUUCUCCAACCACCUCCACUACCCCGCCAACUAACCCCAUCUCCACCCCGCUAAGCACCACUUCCACCUCUCCGCCAACCACUACUCCCAUUCUGCCCACCACCACCCCUGUCCCAACAACUACCACCCCCACUCCCAGCCCGCCAAGCACCACUUUCACCACUCCGCCAACCACUACUUCCAUUCCUCCAACCACCACCCCUGCCCCAACAACUACCACCCCCAUCUCCACUCUACCAACCACCAUUUCCACUCCGCUAACAACCACAUCCACCACGCUGCCACCGACCUCCACCUCGGCAUCCAUGCCUCCCCCAGUAUCGACCACCACAAUGACACCGCCUACUCCGUGUCUGCCUCAGUGCAAGUGGACUGGCUGGGUGGAUUCUGAUAAACCAAACGUUAACAAGACAGAUGGAGACUUUGAAUCCCUUGAGAACAUCUGUGGGUUGGGCUGGGCAGACGACAUCUCCUGUAGAGCCGCAAUGCUUCCCAGGAUUCCCAUCCAAGAGCUUGGACAGACUGUUGUGUGCAACACCUCAGUUGGGCUCGUGUGCAGAAACCAAGACCAGAAGCCAGUGGGAGCCAGUCCCACAUCUUACUGCCUCAACUAUGAGAUCAACGUCUACUGCUGUGAUCUUCCAGAUUACUGUGUCUUCACAUCAUCGACCACCACUGCAGAGACCCCAACCACGAGUCCUACCACUACCUCAACAGAGACUUCAUCCUCAACACCCACAACUACAGUGACUCUAACUCCAACACCUACGAGAACUUCAACUGGGACUCCAACUCCAGCCUCCACCACUAUAGAGACCACCGUCACGGAGACACCAACCCCAACACCCACCACCACUUCAACUGGAACCCCAACUCCAAGCCCCACCACCACUUCAACUGGAACCCCAACUCCGACACCCACCACCACUUCAACUGGAACCCCAACUCCAACACCCACCACAUCAACUGGGACCCCAACUCCAACACCUACCACCACUUCAACUGGAACCCCAACUCCGACACCCACCACUUCAACUGGAACCCCAACUCCGACACCUACCACCACAUCAACUGAGACCCCAACCCCAAGCCCCACCACCACUUCAACUGGAACCCCAACUCCAACACCCACCACAUCAACUGGGACCCCAACUCCGACACCCACCACCACAUCAACUGGGACCCCAACUCCAAGCCCCACCACCACUUCAACUGGAACCCCAACUCCGACACCCACCACCACAUCAACUACCCCAACUCCGACACCUACCACCACUUCAACUGGAACCCCAACUCCAACACCCACCACCACAUCAACUGGGACCCCAACUCCAAGCCCCACCACCACUUCAACUGGAACCCCAACUCCAACACCCACCACAUCAACUGGGACUCCAACUCCGACACCUACCACCACAUCAACUGGAACCCCAACUCCGACACCCACCACCACAUCAACUGGGACCCCAACUCCAAGCCCCACCACCACUUCAACUGGAACCCCAACUCCAACACCCACCACAUCAACUGCGACCCCAACUCCGACACCUACCACCACAUCAACUGGAACCCCAACUCCGACACCCACCACCACAUCAACUGGGACCCCAACUCCAACACCCACCACCACAUCAACUGGGACCCCAACUCCAAGCCCCACCACCACUUCAACUGGAACCCCAACUCCAACACCCACCACAUCAACUGGGACUCCAACUCCGACAUCUACCACCACAUCAACUGGAACCCCAACUCCGACACCCACCACCACAUCAACUGGGACCCCAACUCCAAGCCCCACCACCACAUCAACUGGAACCCCAACUCCGACACCCACCACCACUUCAACUGGAACCCCAACUCCAACACCCACCACAUCAACUGGGACCCCAACUCCAACACCUACCACCACUUCAACUGGAACCCCAACUCUGACACCCACCACUUCAACUGGAACCCCAACUCCGACACCUACCACCACAUCAACUGAGACCCCAACCCCAAGCCCCACCACCACUUCAACUGGAACCCCAACUCCGACACCUACCACCACUUCAACUGGAACUCCAACUCUGACACCCACCAAAUCAACUGGGACUCCAACUCCGACACCUACCGCCACUUCAACUGGAACCCCAACUCCAACACCCACCACAUCAACUGCGACCCCAACUCCGACAUCUACCACCACUUCAACUGGAACCCCAACUCCAACACCCACCACCACAUCAACUGGGACCCCAACUCCAAGCCCCACCACCACAUCAACUGGAACCCCAACUCCGACACCCACCACCACAUCAACUGUGACCCCAACUCCAACAUCUACCACCACAUCAACUGGAACCCCAACUCCAACACCCACCACCACAUCAACUGGGACCCCAACUCCAACAUCUACCACCACUUCAACUGUAACCCCAACUCCAACACCCACCACCACAUCAACUGGGACCCCAACUCCAAGCCCCACCACCACUUCAACUGGAACCCCAACUCCGACACCCACCACCACAUCAACUGGGACCCCAACUCCAACACCCACCACCACUUCAACUGGAACCCCAACUCCGACACCCACCACCACAUCAACUGGGACCCCAACUCCAAGCCCCACCACCACUUCAACUGGAACCCCAACUCCGACACUCACCACCACAUCAACUGGGACCCCAACUCCAAGCCCCACCACCACUUCAACUGGAACCCCAACUCCAACACCCACCACAUCAACUGGAACCCCAACCCCAAGCCCCACCACCACUUCAACUGGAAUCCCAACUCUGACACCCACUAGUACAGAGACUACCACCACCACCACAACCACAGAGACACCAAUCCCAUCCCCCACUACCACCUCAACAGAGACCCCAACCCCAACUCCCACCACCACUUUAACUGGAACCCCAACUCCGACACCCACCACCACAUCAACUGGGACCCCAACUCCGACACCUACCACCACUUCAACUGGAACCCCAACUCCGACACCCACCACCACUUCAACUGGGACCCCAACUCCAAGCCCCACCACCACUUCAACUGGAACCCCAACUCCGACACCCACCACCACAUCAACUGGGACCCCAACCCCAACACCCACCACCACUUCAACUGGAACCCCAACUCCGACACCUACCACCACAUCAACUGGGACCCCAACUCCAAGCCCCACCAGCACUUCAACUGGAACCCCAACUCCAACACCCACCACCACAUCAACUGGGACCCCAACUCCAAGCCCCACCACCACUUCGACUGUGACUCCAACUCCAACCCCCACCUCCACGUCAACAAUUGUGGAGACAUUCAGCACACCACUGACCCCGACGUCGACAGAACCAGUGGUCACUACAACGGGAGGUGCCACGUCCUCUUCACCCACGCCUGGCACCACCCCUCCAGGCUCGUCAACCUCGGGUCCUACCUCCUCGAAGACCACCCCCACCCACUGGACCACGACUGGGCCCCCUUCAUCCACCACCGGCUCGCCCUCCACACCCACACCCACGACUGUGUCAACAACCCCCAUAGGAGCCCCCACAUCGCCAGGACAGCCCUCGACCACGCCACCCACCACCAGCAUCUUGACCUCCACGGUGCCCCCAAUCAGCACCCCCAGGAUCAGCACAAGCACUAGCUUUGUCGCCUCCUCCUCGAUAGUCAUCUGCUGUUCUUUGAAUGAUACGUACUAUGCCCCAGGUGAGCUGGUGUACAAUGGCACCCACGGAGAUACCUGCUAUUACGUGAACUGCUCACUGGACUGCAAUCUCGAGUUCUUCAACUGGUCGUGCCCAUCCACGCCUACCACCCAGCCACCCACGACACCAAGCGUGCCGGCCACCUCCAAGCCUCUCCCUGCGUGCCCAGACUUCGAUCCUCCCAGACAGGAGAAUGAGACCUGGUGGCUGUGUAACUGCACCAUGGCCACGUGCAAGUACAACAACACCGUGGAGCUCGUGGAGGUGAAGUGCGACCCCCCGCCCAUGCCCACCUGCUCCAACGGCCUCGCGCCCGUGCGCGUCAUGGACCCCAAUGGGUGCUGCUGGCACUGGGAGUGCGACUGCUACUGCACGGGCUGGGGGGACCCGCACUACGUCACCUUCGAUGGGCUGUACUACAGCUACCAGGGCAACUGCACCUACGUGCUGGUGGAGGAGGCCACCCCCACCGUGGACAACUUCGGGGUGUACAUCGACAACUACCACUGCGACGUCAAUGACCAGGUGUCCUGCCCCCGCACGCUCAUCGUGCGCCACGAGACCCAGGAGGUGCUGCUCAAGACUGUGCACAUGAUGCCCGUGACGGUGCAGGUGCAGGUCAACAGACAGGUGGUGGCGCUGCCCUACAAGAAGUACGGGCUGCAGGUGUACGAGUCCGGCAUCAACUACGUGGUGGACAUCCCCGACCUGGGUGCCCUCAUCUCCUACAACGGCCUCUCCUUCUCUGUCCGGCUGCCCUACCGCCUCUUUGGCAACAACACAAAGGGCCAGUGUGGCACGUGCACCAACACCACCGCGGACGACUGCGUGCUGCCCAGCGGGGAGGUCACUGACGACUGCGAGGUCGCGGCUGACCAGUGGGUGGUGAAUGACCCCUCCAAGCCUCACUGUCCCCACAUCAGCUUCACCACCAGGAGCCCGGCCACCUCGCCGCCUGUGGGCCGCGGCACCACCGCGAGGAAGGACUGCGCGUCUCCCCUUUGCGAGCUCAUCAAGGACAGCUUGUUCGCCGAGUGCCACGCCCUGGCACCUCCCCAGCACUACUACGAGGCCUGCAUGUUCGACAGCUGCUUCGUGCCCAACUCGGGCCUGGAGUGCGCCAGCCUGCAGACCUACGCGGCCCUCUGUGCCCAGGAGGGCAUCUGCGUGGACUGGCGGAACCACACCCACGGAGCCUGCCCGGUGACGUGCCCUGCUCACCGGGAGUACCGGGCCUGUGGUCCUGCAGAAGAGCCCACCUGCAAGUCCAGCCCCUCCCAGCAGAACAGCACGCGCCUGGUGGAAGGCUGCUUCUGCCCCGAGGGCACCAUGAACUACGCCCCCGGCUUCGACGUCUGUGUGGACUUCUGCGGCUGUGUGGGGCCUGACAACGUGCCCAGAGAGUUUGGGGAGCACUUUGAGUUCGACUGCAAGCACUGCCUCUGCCUGGAGGGCGGCAGCGGCAUCACCUGCCGGCCCAAGACCUGUGCCCCGGAGCAGCGCGUGGAGUGCCGGGAGGACGGCACCUACCCCGUCAGGGAGGUCGACCCCUUGGACACCUGCUGCAACGUCACCUCCUGCAAGUGCAACGCCAGCCUGUGCAGGGAGCAGCCCCCGCUGUGCCCGCUGGGCUUCCAAGUGAAGAGCCAGAUGGUCCCUGGGCGGUGCUGCCCCCGCUACUCGUGUGAGCCCAAGGGCGUGUGUGUCAUCGACCAGGCCGAGUACCAGCCCGGCUCUCCAGUCUACUCGUCUAAGUGCCAGAACUGCAUCUGCACGGACCGCAGGGACAACGCCACGCAGCUCAACGUCAUCUCCUGCACCCACGUGCCCUGCAACACCUCCUGCAACCCCGGCUUCGAGCUUGUGGACGCCCCGGGGGAGUGUUGCAAGAAGUGCCAGCAGACCCAGUGUGUCAUCAACUUGCCCGACAACCAGAAGCUGGUCCUGAAGCCCGGGGACAGGAAGAGGGACUCCCUGGACAACUGCACCUUCUUCAGCUGCGUGAAGGCACACGACCAGCUCAUCUCCUCCGUCUCCAGCAUCACCUGCCCCGACUUUGACCCCAGCACCUGCCUCCCCGGCUCCGUCACGCUCAUGCGCAACGGCUGUUGCAGGAAAUGCAUCCCUCGCAAUGAGACCCGGGUCGCCUGCUCCACCAUCUCCGUCGUCAGGGAAAUUUCCUACGAUGGCUGCACCGCACUGGUGACCAUGAACGACUGCUCCGGGUCCUGUGGGACCUUUGCCAUGUACUCGGCCCAGGCGCAGUCCCUGGACCACAAGUGCUCCUGCUGCAAGGAGUAUCGCACCAGCCAGCGGGAGGUGACGCUGCAGUGCCCGGACGGCGGGACGCUCAGCCACACCUACACCCACAUCGAGAGCUGUCUGUGCCAGGACACCGUGUGCCAGCUGCCCUCCCAGCGCAGGACCCGGCGCUCCGGCCCCAGGGUCCUGGGCCCAGGGACGGGCUGAGCAGAGAGGGCUCGGCCACCGGGCCCGCUGCCACCGCCCGGCGUGUCCCCUCCCCCCGGUGAAUCUCCUCGCUUCUUCCACCUCCUACGCUGACUUUCUCUCCACGGAUAUUUAUUUUCUGAGCCUUUUUUCAACUCUUCGCUUUUCCAAAUAAACUUGGGCAACAAUGC